AUGGAUUUUGGAAGGAAAAAGACUCAAAAGUACACUUUCAAGAGUCCUAAGUUAGAAUACCUAAGGAUAUUGGGAUCUUUGGUUGUUGACACAGAGGCUUUCAGUAAAAGAUAUGUACAUUUGGUCUCUCUUUUGAAGAUCGACAUGGAAAAUGGACUUCUUUCUAUGUUGAUUCAGUUUUAUGAUCCCGUGUAUCACUGUUUCACUUUCCCCGACUAUCUGCUUAUGCCAACACUUGAAGAAUACUCUCAUUUGCUCGGUGUUACUAUUUCUAGUCAAGCUCCACUUUAUGGUUUGGAGGAUGAUCCCAAAGAUCAAGACAUUGCAAAGGCUACUCACUUGAAAAUGUUAGAGAUCAGGGAUCACAUGACCACGAAAGGAAAAAUGCUUGGUUUGACAGCUAAGUUUCUAAUGAACAAAGCUCAGUAUUUUGCUAGAACGAGGAGUGUGGAUGCGUUUGAGGUUGUUUUUCCUCUACUUAUCUAUGGAUUGUUCCUCUUUCCUAGUUUUGAUGACUUUGUUGCCAUGGAUGCCAUCAAGAUCUUCUUAAUAGGAAAUCUAGUUCCUAUUUUGCUUGUCGAUGCCUAUCAUUCUGUUCAUAUGAGGAAUUCUUAUAGAGGAGGAAUGGUUACAUGUUGCGUGCCUAUGUUGUACAAGUGA